GAACAGGUUGAAGAGUGUGCUGGGUGAACCUGUCUGAGGAAAAAAAAUAAAAAAUUCUAGAAAGAACUCUAGAAGUCUCUGGCUUCAUCUACUUUUGCAAUCAUGAGAAAACCUUCAGUUUCUAAACGUCUGCUGGUGUUCACAAUCAUUUCAGCCAUGUCACUGGCCAGUUCACAAUCAACAACGACAGUCAUUCCACAAACAACUUCAGCAACAACAACUGCACAUCCAACAACAGCAAGCAUUCCACAAUCAACAACAACAACAACAACAGCACAUCCAACAACAGCAAGCAUUCCAGAAACAACUACAACAACAACAACAACAGGCAUUCCACAAAUAACUACAGCAACAGUCAUUCCACAAACAACUACAACAACAACUUCAGCAACAACAACAGGCAUUCCACAAUCAACAACAACAACAACAACAACUGCACAUCCAACAACAGUCAUUCCACAAACAACUACAACAACAACUGCACAUCCAACAACAGUCAUUCCACAAUCAACAACAACAACAACAACAGCACAUCCAACAACAGUCAUUCCACAAACAACUACAACAACAACAACUGCACAUCCAACAACAGUCAUUCCACAAACAACAACAACUGCACAUCCAACAACAGGCAUUCCACAAUCAACAACAACAACAACAACAACUGCACAUCCAACAACAGCAAGCAUUCCACAAUCAACAACAACAACAACAACAGCACAUCCAACAACAGUCAUUCCACAAACAACUACAACAACAACAACAGCACAUCCAACAACAGUCAUUCCACAAUCAACAACAACAACAACAACUGCACAUCCAACAACAGUCAUUCCACAAACAACUACAACAACAACAACUGCACAUCCAACAACAGUCAUUCCACAAUCAACAACAACAACAACAACUGCACAUCCAACAACAGUCAUUCCACAAACAACAACAACAACUGCACAUCCAACAACAGCAAGCAUUCCACAAUCAACAACAACAACAACAACAGCACAUCCAACAACAGUCAUUCCACUAACAACUUCAGCAACAACAACAACUGCACAUCCAACAACAGUCAUUCCACAAUCAACAACAACAACAACAACUGCACAUCCAACAACAGUCAUUCCACAAACAACUACAACAACAACAACUGCACAUCCAACAACAGUCAUUCCACAAACAACAACAACAACUGCACAUCCAACAACAGCAAGCAUUCCACAAUCAACAACAACAACAACAACAGCACAUCCAACAACAGUCAUUCCACAAACAACUACAACAACAACUGCACAUCCAACAACAGUCAUUCCACAAACAACUACAACAACAACUGCACAUCCAACAACAGGCAUUCCACAAACAAAUACAACUACAACAACAGGCAUUCCACAAUCAACUUCAACUGUACAGCCAUGGGCAGCAUCAGAGAUUUUCUAUCCAUUUGGCUCAACGGCAGGAGAUACACAAAUAUUUGUCAAUGGUGAUGAUUCCUUCUCUAAUGUUGCCCUAUCCAGUCCAUUUCUGUUCUUUGGGCGCACAUACAACCAGAUAUAUGUUAAUAAUAAUGGACUCCUUACAUUCAACCAAGAAUUACCAGAAGCUAACCCUUACCCCUUCCCCACCCGUGGAAAUGGAGAUUUAAUUGCUCCUCUAUGGACUGAACUUGAUGACUAUGGGCUAGGGGUUUUCUCAUAUAAUCAGUACACAAAUGGAAGUGUACUCAUUCAGGCCACUCAGGAUAUAAACCAGUAUUUCCCCGAUCUGAGCUUCAAUGCUACUUGGGUCUUUGUUGCAACUUGGGACUUUGUUCAAACUUGGGACAUAAAUACCUUUAAUGCUCACUCAGGCCCGGCAAUCACUGUUCAAGCAGUUUUAAUUUCAGACGGUGAAUUUUCCUUUAUUCUGCUGAAUUAUGGUGACUGUGGAGUGACACAUUUUCAAGUGGAGGCUGGCUAUUGCACAAUAAACUCCACAGACUACUUUGUAAUUCCUGGGUCAACCAAUGGCAACACCAUCCCAAAUCUCAAGGACUCCACCAAUGUAAAUGUUACAGGCCGUUGGGCCUUCAGGGUGGACAGUACAAAAGGAAGGCUUUGGACAGCUCCAGAGAUAUUCUAUCCAUUUGGCUCAAUGGCAGGAGAUUUAGAAUAUUUUGUUGUUGGUGAUGAAAGCUACUACCUUGUUGGCCUAUCCAGUCCAUUUAAGUUUUUUGGGCAAACAUACUACCAGCUAUAUGUUAAUAAUAAUGGACUCCUCACAUUCAGCCAAGCUAUUCCAGAAGCUAAUCCUUUCCGCAUCCCGGCCAAUAGCGGUCAAGAUUUCAUUGCUCCUCUUUGGACUGAACUUGAUGACUAUGGGAUUGGUUUGUUAUCAUAUCAACAACACACAAGUGGAAGUGUACUCACUCGCGCCACUCAGGACAUAAACCAGUAUUUCCCUGAUCUGGCUUUUAAUGCUACUUGGGUCUUUGUUGCAACUUGGGACUUUGUUCAAACUUCGGAUGUGAAUACUUUUCGUGAUCACUCAGUCCAAGCAAUCACGGUUCAAGGGGUUUUAAUUUCCGAUGGUGAAUUUUCCUUUAUUCUGAUGAAUUAUGGUGACUGUAGUACAAUAGGUUUUCAAGUGGAGGCUGGCUAUGACACAGCAAGCUCCACAGACUACUAUGUAAUUCCUGGGUCAACCGAUACCAACUACCUCCCAAAUCUCAAGAACUCCACUAAUAUAAAUGUUCCAGGCCGCUGGGCCUUCAAAGUGGACAGUAAAAUACCACGGUCAUGGACAGCACCAGAGAUUUUCUAUCCAUUUGGCUCAACGGCAGGAGAUACAACAUAUGUUAUUGCUGGUGAUGAAAGCUACUACUAUGUUGGUCUCUCCAGUCCAUUUCUGUUCUUUGGGAGCUCAUACAACCAGCUAUAUGUUAAUAAUAAUGGACUGCUCACGUUCAGCCAAGCUAUUCCAGACGCUGACCCUUUCCCCUUCCCUGCCAAUAGUGGUCAAGAUUUAAUUGCUCCUCUCUGGACGGAACUUGAUGACUACGGGAUUGGUAUGAUCUCUUAUCAGCAAUACACGACUGGAAGUGUGCUCACUCGCGCCUCUCAGGAAAUAAACCAGUAUUUCCAUGGCCUGAGUUUCACUGCUACUUGGGUCUUUGUUGCAACUUGGGAUUUUGUUGCAACUUGGGAUGUGAAUACUUUUCGUGAUCACUCAGUCGAAGCAAUCACUGUUCAAGCUGUCUUAAUUUCAAAUGGUGAAUUUUCCUUUAUUCUUAUGAAUUAUGGUGACUGUGGUGUGAUCUAUCGUCCAGUGGAGGCUGGCUAUGACACAGCAAACUCCACAAACUACUUUGUAAUUCCUGGGUCAACCGAUAACAACUUCCUCCCAAACCUCAAGAACUCCACUAAUAUAAAUGUUCCAGGUCGUUGGGCCUUUUGUGUCUCAAAAGAUUAUGUCAUUGGAGUUCAAAUGAGACUUAAGUCAUUUUCAGACCUAACGGAAUAUGAAAACGUUCUGAUUUUUUUGGAGAACCUAAAACAAGAGCUGAGAAAUCAUGGAGUGUCAGGCAACAUAAAGCUGACCACCAGAAAAGUACAAAAGACAAAGCCGUAAUGCCAGUUUUACACAGAGGGAAGAAAACAUUGAAUCGGAGAUUGGUUCAUGAAGCCUCUAAUACCAAAAUGUCUCACAAAUGAAGAUGAAAAAUCAGAUAAGAGGCAGGAAUGUUGUUCUUCAGGAAGAGGAACUUGCAUAUGUGUUCACAUUACACUCAAUACAUAUUAAUUACAUUAUUCCAUUUGCAUUUCGAUCAGUUUGUCACUAAAUGCAAAAUGUAAGCUCGAAAAUGUUUCAUGAAAAGAAAAGCACUCUUAACUUGGUUCUGAUUUGGUCCUUUAUCUUUUUAUCUUCAACAUAUAUCUUGAUUUAGCUGAAAUAAUCACAUAUAAUCAUUGUUUUUUCAUUGCCACUUCCUGCUUUUAACUGCAGGGAUUUAACCUAAUUAAACAGAUCUGUAUAAUGUGAAAUUGUUAUUGUCUGUUCUUCUAAUUAAAGCCAAUAUCAUGUCCAUGUUAAAACAAUAUAUUGCAAGUUCACUCAACUGUAAAUGACUCAUUGCUUUUACCUUCCUUGAACAGUUUUAACAGUGAGAAUUAUUGAUUGCAAUAAGACAUUUCUAGAGCAACAGAAUAACUUGUAUCGAAUAUUCCUUUCUGUUAUGCUUAUGUAAUGUGAUUAACCUUCCAGUCACUUUGUGUUUUAACCUAAUUAAAGAGAAUUAUUCUACCACUUUUCCAUGUCAA